CACAGUGCAUUGAUUCAUUGCUUGACUCACGCCUCAAAGGUGGACAACGAUGGUGGUUCUUGCAGCAUCCAUCUGCACCAGGAGCGGGAAACCGCUCCUGUCCCGACAGUUCCGUCCCAUGCCACGGUCCCGAGUGGACGGUCUGCUCGCAUCAUUCCCCAAACUCAUCCCUGUCAACUCACAACACACCACAGUCGAAACGGCGGACGUUCGCUUCGUGUAUCAGCCAUUUGAAGAGCUCUAUGUCUUGCUGAUCACCAAUAAGGCGUCAAAUAUCGUCCAAGACCUUUCCACGCUCAACCUCCUCGUUCGACUCAUCUCCUCCUUGACCCCCGCCAUGUCAGAACCCGCCAUUUUACAUCACUCAUUCGACCUCCUCUGCGCCUUUGAUGAGGUUGUAUCGCUAGGCUACAAGGAGAACGUGUCUCUCACCACGGUCCGCAACAUUUUAGAGGGAGAAUCCCACGAGGAAAAGAUCCAAGAGAUCAUUGCGAGGAACAAAGAGGCAGAAGCGAAAGAGGAGCUAAAACGAAGAGCCAAGCAAUUGGAAAUGCAGCGGAGGGAGCAACAGAAGAGGGCAGUCGGAGGUGGUGGAUUCGGAUCGUCCAUGGGAAGUGGCAUGGCGGGUGGAUACCAAUCCGCGCCCCGGUUUGAGGCGCCCGCUAUGCCCGAAUACAGGACACCGAGCCCCGCGCCUGCGCUCAGCAAACCUGCGUUCAAGGGCAGUGGCAUGAAGUUGGGCAAAAAGGGCAAGCAGUCUGAAUUGAGCUCCCUCUUGAGCGGAGAACCGGAACCGGAGCCAGAGCCAGAGGUGCACGCGGCGCCAGAGCCAGAGCCAGUGGCCGUGUCCGCAGACGUCCUGGAAAAGGUCGAUCAGGAGAGCAUUCACCUCACAAUCAAAGAGCAACUCUCCGUCACCUUGCUACGCGAUGGCGGUGUCAAAUCGUUCGAGCUCAAAGGAGAUCUAGACCUUCGCAUCGCUGAACCUUCGCUCGCCAAGCUGCGGCUGACAUUGGCACCGAAUGAUUAUUCCGAGCUGCAGUUCAAGCAACAUCCCAACGUUGCCAAAUUCUCAGGCUCUGAGAAGAUCAUCGCGUUGAAGGACGCAAACAGGAGUUUCCCCGUGGGUCAAGGUCUGGGCGUCUUGCGUUGGCGAAUGAGUGCGAAGGAUGAGAGCAACGUGCCGUUGUCAAUCACAUGCUGGCCACAACCUCGGGGAGACGGGACCUCCGACGUGGCUAUCGAGUACGAGCUCGAAGCGACCCACUUGACUUUGCGCAACGUGGUCAUCUCCAUUCCGAUACCGACGGAUUCCCUUCCAUCCGUGACUGGUGAUGCGGAUUGGCGUGCCGAGCGCAACGCCUUUGUAUGGACUAUCGACACGGUCGACAGCGAAAACCCGAGCGGAUCUCUCGAGUUCAAAUGUGAUGGAGACGCAGAUGCCUUCUUCCCUGUCUCGGUGGGCUUUGUGGCUGCAGGCUCUUUGGCCAACCUCGAGGUGAGUCAGGCGACUUGAGCUGGACUGAUGAUACAGGUGUCCAAAGCAGCAUUGGUGGCGGAUGGAUCAGAGCAAUCAUUCUCGCAGGAAAAGAUUCUCACUGUGGACAAGUACGAGGUUGUGUAGAUACGAUUUUAUGCAUUUGACACGAUUGCGGAG